AUGGCAAGCUUCCGGUCAUUUCCCCUCAUCCUCGCGGCUGCAGUCGUAUCUCGGCUCGUGUAUCCUCGUCUCGAGGUGCUCUUCACGUUCUACAACGACGCGCCGAGCCGACUACCCCAGGUCAACACGUUCAAGCGCCACGAGAUCAAGUUUGCCGACCGAGUAAGAAGCUGCGAGGACGCGCUUAUCCUGGAGAGCCGCGGAGUCGCGAUACUGGCCUGCGACCCGGGCCGUGAGCGCUGGAACACCGUCCUGGGCAUCUUUCACCCGGAUCCAGCCAGCGCCGGCUUGUACGUCUACGACUACAGAGACGCUUCGCAGCCCGAGGCGGAAUCCCUCAAGACGGUUGAGCUGGUGGGUUUCCCGGGCCGAGCGGAUUUCCACACGCUCGGGCUGGCGUAUGAUGAAGCGACGUCGACCCUUUUCGCGGCCAGCCACGCGCAGGCCGGCUCGCGCAUCGAGCGCUUCAAGCUCGACGUGGACAGGCUCGUGGCGACACACACCGGGACCAUCCAGCACCCGCUGAUCCACGCCCCAAACUCGAUCGCCAUCGUCAGCCCCGACGAGCUCUACGUGACCAACGACCACCAUUUCCUGGCCAGGAACACGAAGCUGCUGGCCAAGGCGGAAACGUUCCUCGCCUUGCCGCUGGGGUCCGUGGUGCACGUCAAACUGCUCGACGGCGACAGGACCCCGCAGGUCGGGGACGUCCGCAUCGUCGAGCGUCUCUCUUUCCCCAACGGCAUCGAGCUCCUCAACGACACGACCUUGGCCGUGGCCUCGACGACCAGGCGGGCCAUCUACCUGUACGAAAUACAGCGCGACAGGUCGCUCGAACCGAGGUCGACGAUCCACCUGCCCUACCUGCCAGACAACCUGUCGGUGCACGGGGGCAAGCUCCUGGUCGCCGGCCACCCGCACUUCCCGUCCCUGGCCAAGUUUUCCGAGUCGCGCCACGUCUGCAACUAUCCCGAGGUGCUGGGCGCGGCGGGCGCAGACAAAAGGGAGUACUGCGAGUCCGGGCUGGCGCCGUCGUGGGCCGGCGAGUGGAGCGAACGCGCGGGGCUGAGGAUUCUGUACGUGGGCACCGAGUAUCCGACCAGCGCCACGGCAGCGAGAGAUGCGCGACGCGGCGUGGGGAUCAUCACUGGUCUGUAUGCCAAGGGGAUUCUGGUGUGGCGGGACUAG